GCGAGCCGCUCUAGCGGCCCGAGAUCGAUGUUGUGUGUCGAUAUCACAGACAGGCUGAUAGCGAUGGGCUUCCCCGCCGAGAAAUUAGAAGGAGUAUACAGGAAUCACAUAGACGAGGUGUACAGGUUUCUAGAGAAGAUGCACAAGGACCACUAUAAGAUAUACAACCUCUGCUCGGAGAGGUCUUAUGAUUCGAGCAAAUUCCACGAAAGGGUGGCGCGGUAUGCGUUAGAAGACCACACGCCCCCGAACAUUGAGCUGAUUCAGCCGUUUUGUGAAGAUGUACACAAUUGGCUGACGGCUGACUCCAGAAAUGUAGCCGCAGUGCACUGUAAAGCAGGCAAAGGACGAACGGGCACAAUGGUGUGUUGCUACUUACUGUAUAGUCGACAGAAAGCGUCGGCCGACGAAGCCCUCAAGUUCUACGGCACGAAGAGAACCCACGACGAAAAAGGCGUGACGAUCCCCUCGCAGCGUCGCUACGUGGAAUACUACGCGGCACUAAUAACGUCGGGGUUGCAGUACUCGGCCACGAAGGUGCACAUCCGCGAGCUGGUGAUGUCGCCGCCGCCCACGCUCAACGGCGGCACGUGCUCGCCCGAGCUCACCGUGUCGCAGGCGCAGCCAUCCUUCAAGACGCCGUCGGGCUGCCACGACGUCCGCCGCGACGAGGGCGCUAUCCGCGUGUUCCUGACGCACUGCACGCCGCUCAACGGCGACGUGCGCGUCGACGUCUACAACAAGCCCAAGAUGAAGAUGCGCAAGGAGAAGCUCUUCCACUUCUGGUUCAACACCUUCUUCGUGGCUGCCGGCGUGGGGGCCGAGAGAGUACCUGCCUUGGACGACAGUCCAAAUCUGGAGGCGUUCAAGCUGACGCUGAACAAGUGGCAGUUAGACGAGGCGCACAAGGAUAAGCAGCAUAAACACUAUAGCGCCGACUUUAAGGUGGAGCUGAUAGUGCAGAAGAUGCCGGUGACGUCACGGUUCGCGGGGACUCGAGCACGGGGCUCGGGCUCGUCCUCCUCCUCCUCCUGCUCCGAGCCCGACACCGAGCCCGACGCGCACUGGGACUCGGGGCGGUGCGAGCGCGUGGGCCGCUACCGGCCGCUGUCUCCCGACCACCCGCCGCACACGUAACUAUACACCUUGUCUCAUGGCGCAGCUUGUGAUACCGCCCCACACCCGCCGCCUCCACACUCCUCGUGGUUGGUGUCAGUGAGAAUGGAGUACGAGGCAAAGAUGCCCGAAGAAAGCCGAAGUCCCCCUCCACACUUCUGUGGAGGUGCAGUUCGGCUGUGUGUGACGUAUUCGCCUAGCGUUGGCCAACUUCGCGAAUAGUGUGGAGACUGCUUUACGGAAUCAGACUUACUUUGGUCUAUGUAUAACAUUAAAUAAGGCUCACGUCGUAUUUCUUUGCUCUUACAAAGAUGCUUAAAUGAGGUUUUGAAUAUUUAUUGUCAAUUUAUUUGGCUUGAAACUUGAGUCUCUUAAAAAUACUUAUGGGGAAAACCACAUUUCAGAAUAAAAGAGAUCGGUUUUGCAUAUAUUUUUAUAAUUCACAAAAUAUAAAAAAAAAGUCUUAUUUACUAUGGACCAAAGGUAGGUCUCGUUUCUUAUAAGGCUGAAAUAGUCUAUGGAUCAAGACGUCUACGUUGCGAUCCACGUCAUAACAUUUUUCUAAUAACUUGGACGUGUGCGACGCUUCAAAUCUUACUAAAGAACAGACUUAGCUUAGGAAUAAAUAAUAAUAAUAUUUAGUAUUUUAAUAGUGCACAGUAUUCUGUAAAAUAAUAAUAUUGUGCAUUAUUUAAAUAUAACUACUUUAAUAUGUUUUCUAGUCUAUAAAAUUAGUUCCACGGGCAGAAAAACUUGCAACUCCCUGCCCAUUUUUUUUAAAUAUAAUUUAAAAUUUCAAUCUGUCUUUACUUUGAUCACUUUUUCUCUUGAAUCAUAAACUGCGUCAUAUUAUUAUUUUGCUGUACAGCACGUUUGUCACUGACCGCUCGGCUUUCACAAUAAAACCUGCGCUUGAUUCGAUUUUUGUUCGUUUACGUUCAUUUUGCUUGUCACCGCAUCGUCAUGACGUCAUAGGUCCGCUGUUUGUCUUGUCAUUUUUGUGCAUUUGUCUCUUUCUAAUCUUUGAUAAUAUUUUUUUCCUUAUGUGAUUGUCUUGUGUAUUAUAUUUUUUUUUGUUUCGGCAUCUUUAACGCUAACCUCAUUUAUGACAAAAGCAGAAUAUGUGUAAAUAAAAAUAUAAAUUUAUUCCUGCUUCAUAAGACUCUUCCGUAAUUAUUUUUUUCUUUAAAUUGUUAGCGUUCAAGAUGUUACUGAUUGUGCUUAAAACUCAUGUUGCAUGUCCCCAAUGUAUAUUAAUGCUGUUAUUUAGUUAUAUUUUUCCUGUUACUUAAUAGAUUACCUUUACCUUAAUAAUGAUAAAGAUGCAGCAUUAUUAUUACUUCUAUUUUUCGAUCAAAACCACCCUAUUUACUUUGAAAAUUACGGGUAAUUUUGGUCGUUUUUAUUCCCUCUAUGUGGAUUGUGUUAUGGUUACAUAUCGCGAAUGAAUUCACUUCGUCCCCAUUCAAAACCAUUAAUGUACUGCCUGGUAUAAUUUUUUGCCCACGUGCGGAAAGUACAAGAAAACAACUCGUCAUACAUUUUUUAAUAGACAAACCUACCUAUUUUCGUAUCGACACUGAAUUAAAAACUCAGUUGUUUUUUUGUACUUUUGGAUUUGUAAAUUCGAUAAAAAACAAACACUGGCCAAUUUAUUCUGCCAGGUAGUAUGCUCUAACAUUCCAUUUGCUGUACAUUGCUCGCUUUGCACAGUUUGAACGCAUCACACACGCCACAUACGGAUUUUUUUAAACGCCUCAUUGAUUUUUUUUUUAAGGCGUUUAAAAAUAUUUCAAUUAUUUGUUUGAAUUUUCUGGCGUUUCAGUUUGUUUUUGCUCAUCAUACUUUUAUAAUCGUUUUUAUUAAUUUAACUUAUGCUUCUAACUCAUAGUUUUGCAGUCGCUUAAAUUCAAACAAAUAUAAAUCUGUCCGUGGCUUAUGUAAUCGUUCAAAGGCUUAUAUGGGUUUCUUACAUUUUCAGGUGAAUCUACAUACUUGUGAGGUUGGCUCGUGGCCUCGGUGACCUCUCUACUUCUAUAAAUAAACCCCGCUUUCCCCACCCUACUGGCAAGGCUUGAACUCUAACACGGUGCCGAAACACUUUAACCCUGAUCCUAGUGAUGUUUACUGAACAAGUAGUGCUCUAUGUGUGUCUAAAAUUUAACAAAAAUGAGCGGGUUGUGCCAUUGCCGCGUACCGACGGACUCUACGUACGGUUUGGAUAAACAAACGUUUUUGUGAUAAUAAUAGUGUGCUGAAUGGACUUACGCGUCGACGUAUCGACGCUGCGGAGAUAUCGUUUCAUUUCACCCGUUUACAAGCCGUCGAAGAUAUCGACAUUAAUUCUAUGGUCACAAGGUAUGUUUCUCGUUAUAACUCUUAUGACUGAUAAGUACAUUUCUCGGUAUUUUUUUUAAUUAUAAGCUUUGGCCAUUGUCAUAGAUGUGUUUCAGUGAAUAAACAUUUUGUACUUUUUAAAUGUCAAAGACUUACAAGGAGGUUUAUAGUGUAUUCUACCGAAUUCUUAACAGACUGAAAUUAUUACCGGUCAAUCAGAUGGUUAGAAAAAGUUUUUUUUUAUAUCAAUUCAGUUGAGGAAUGGAUUCUAUUGAUGAUGGAAAAGCAAUGUGACUCGCUUGAAUAGGUCGAAAAAUAAUAUUGUCUGUUGAAUUUAUGUAAUUAGGAUUCAUUAUCAAUGUGAUGUUAAGUGGUGACGUUAUUUCUGUAUUCAAAGAAAAUUUAAUAACUAAAGUGUGUAGAGAUUUAAUUGUUCCACAGUAAAAUAGUAAUAAAAUAAACCAUAUUUCUGUUAUCCAGAACAGAGUAGUUUGAUAUAAUUGUGUCAAUAAACGUCACCAUUUCGCUGUAUUCUAGACGUACCUAGUCAAUGUCUUUGAAACGACUUGAGAGUGUAAAAAAAAUUAAGGAACCAAUUUCUAGGUGCUGUUAUUUCUUUUUAAUUUGAUAAUAAAUCAUCUUGGUUAACCGGCUUCAUAGUUAACCGAUAUAUCGAAGAGAAAUUGUCAGUUUGUUCAUACAUUGUACCAUAACGUCAGCUUCACUUAUUUUUAAGUAUUUUUUAUUGAUAAAGAAUUACAAUAUGCCGUGAGUGCGAGGCAGAUUUUCCCACCAUUUCGACUAAGUCCACUGACGGACAGUUUUUUUAUGUUUUUUUUGUAUACUUUCGAAAGAUCUCACUAACUGCCGUCAUAAAUGUAAAAAUUUGUUAGGCUUGAGGUGACCACUGUGAGGUUUUUAUAGGCUAUUAAUUUGGGGAAAAUAUCAAAUUAAUUCUUUCACAAAAAUGCAAGGCGUAAUAUUGACACAAAUGUCGCCGUUGUAACUUGAUAUUUUCGAAUCUCUCAUAUUUUGAUACAAAAUGAAAAUAAGUAAAUAUAAAAAUCCCACAGUAGACACUUUGUUAGUAGAAAAAAAAACCUUCUAAAAACAAGUUUGAUACUUGAUACAAUUUUAUGAAAGUAACAGAAGGCCUAGUAACCUUAAAUUUAUUGACCAUCGGCUAGUCCGUUAUCCGAUAAUAGCUGGAUCUAGUAUACAUAAUUUAGUUUUAUAAUAUUUAUUUCAAUAUACAUUUCUCGUUUUCUAUAGUGUCUGUAACAAAUCCAAAUAAAAUGGCAGUCGAGAGGAAGUAGUGGAAUUCAAACAAUACCAUAAUACAUUGCAGAGUUUUGUCAUAGCUAGGGUGGUCACUUGUGAAAAAGUACAAAUGGAUGCAAGUACUAGGUCUUCUAAGAGAAUGGUUCUCCAUGCCAAGUGCGAGAGAGACAACACGAUUUUCGUGCGUUCGUAUGAUUUGAGAGACCUUUUCAAUGCCCACAAAAAUACUUAAGAACUGACUGAAUCUAGACUGUCAUCCAGGAAUUAGGCAGUUGGCAACACCAAAUAAAUAUCAAGUACAUCGUCCGCCAAACUGUCAUUCUAAUAUAAGAAUUACUAUGGAUGACUGAAGUUUGAUGAAAGUUAUGAAAAAUAAAGUAAAUAUCUUUAGUAGUAUGUAUGUUAAAUAUUGUAAAUUAACAGUUUGUUGGCAUUGAAAAGGCUAAAGCCUGGAAUAUUCGAACUGAGUUGCUGAUAUGCAAUGUGUUUUUUGUGUUUUUGCAAAUGAAGUAUGUUUACUAAUAACAACAAAUGAUUGGAACUAUGGAUGGAGACUUGAUACUUUUGGGAUUUUGCAUGAACUUGUAUGUUCAGAACACCCGAAUGUACCAUGAUUAAGAAUUGCCACCUGAAUAGACAAAAACACAAAGUUUUCAAUCUCCAUUGUAGCCAAAAAGUCAAGUCUCCAUUCCUAGGUAAAGUUACAGACGAUAUCUGUACUUUAAAAAGUUGGAUGAAAGCCGAUUUUUUUAUUUAAUUGUAAAUAUUAUUGUUACGAUACAUUAGUGGUUAAUUGAGAUCUGUUUUUAAAUAAGUAGGUUGUGUUACAACCUAGCGCCUUUAAAAAGUUUUAUCAAUUUGACAAAAGCAUAUUGAGCGUUGUCUAUGGCUGGUCCAUUUGCAAUGGAGAGAAAUUAAAAAUGUCUUUUUAAGUGUGUUAAUUUCAUUCUGUUAUUUUAAUGGGUCUUAAUAUUUGUAAACUUGUCCUUAAAACUUACUCUAUCAGAUAUAAAAAUGUACCCAUAGACUUUCCGCAUAUUAUGAAUUAACUGCCUAGGCGUUGCCCAACUAUGUUGGGGUCGGUUUCCAGCCAAGAAUACCAUUGAAAUAGAAGGAUGAAAACAACACCAUUUCUCGUUUAUGUUUCUAUGACGUUUAGGAGAGUUCACGGUUAUUGUGAUAUGGCUUCGUGGGCGGGGUGGCUCAGACCUCUUGUAAGGGAACAUUCGCUUGAACGAUGUCUUUCGCGAAGUACAAGUCCAGGAGUUACUGACGGUUUGAGCCACAUGGAGAGUUGUUAUGACGACGGGUUUUUCGUAAAUGCCAGUAAAUUGGUGCGAGGGUUGAGAGGAUUUAGAAGUUUUAUCGGCGAAGCGAAUGGACAAAUAUUGCCUAGCUUAGGUUUUAUAUUUCCCGUGGUGACGUAUGUAUUUGCGUUAGUCAGCGGAGAUCACGCGAUGGGAAUAUCUCGUAGUUAUGGCCUAUAAGGGUAUUUGGAUACGCAGAAUGUGAGCAACGAUGGCAUUUUGGAUAAACUCGCUGAAGUUUAAUGUAGUACGUAAGCAAUGGUUACUGUAGUUAGGUUAGAUCGUGUCUAGAUAGGUUUAAAUAACGUCAUAGAAACGAACAGAGCUCCAGAAGUUCGAAAACGACAAAAAAAUAUUAUUUUGAUUCUUUUAGGCAUUACGAUUUUUAAUUUCUUAAUACGGCUAAGACGGAGUCACAUGAAGCUUCCAGUUUAAAAACGUUUUUAUUAAGUGUCAUGAAUUUGUUUUUUUUUUUUCAUUAAUUAGUUUGUAAUUUUUUAAUUGUAUCGCUUCAGAUUUCUAGUUAUCUGUUAAGUAUGUGUACCUAUUUGGCUCAGUAAUUUUUUUUAUUCUGAAAUUUCUAUGCGUCAUUUUAACUUCCGAUUUGUAAAUAAGGAUGGUGAAAUUCUAAAUUACUGUUUUUUUUUUUUCUUUUUUUGUGCUAAAUUUUAUAUAAGCAGCGAAUUACAAUCUAUUUGGCGUCCGGAGGUUAAUAUACGCGUAUAUAUCAUCAAGUACAAAUUUAGGAGUUGUUAGUUUGAGCCGUCUUAGAUAGGCGGAGUGGACUAAGUCAUUAACUUAUUCUCCAAAAAAUAUUUUUUAAUGGAAAUAUUUGAAUAAACAGCCACCUCUAGUAUUAAAAUUACCCCCAUUCCAGGAAAGUGGUAGACGUUCGAAUUUUUGUUUUUUUUUUUUAUUGUAUUCGCACGAAUUCGUUAUCGGUUAACCGCUCGACCUCCCCUAUCCCUUCAUCAAAGGUUUAGCUUUAAAGAUUGUUGUUUGCCUUAUAAAAAAAUGUGAUCUUAUGAGGAUUAUACUUAAAGGAUGUCGCUGUAUGUUGCGGACGUAGGCGAUUGAAUACUCAAGCUCAUUUUUGGAACCUUCUAACCGACAUCGUUGCACGGUGCGGUUCGAAAGACCAAAAAUGAGCGUAUCAGAAUAUCGUUCUCACGAUAGAUUUCUUCAAACUUAAAUAUCCCUCUAUAUCUUUAUGUUAUUAAAACCUUAUUAGUAAUAAUUAAAACAGAUUUUUGCCAAUGUUAAUAAAUGCUUUAAAACUAAAUUCAAAGCGCCUCCGUCCGCAGCAAGUAUGAAAGAAUAAUGCCUUGUUUGUAUAAUGAAUAAUAUGGUAACAUAUAAAAAGAAUAAUGAAUUAUCUAAUAUAAUAAGACUUUGACAAUGUUCGAUAGGCUCAGUAAAGAUGACUGUCAAUUGGAUACAGAGGCGAAAAGGGCUUUAUUAGGUUGAAAGUUGAACUACCAUUCACGGUGCGACCUGACGUGAGCUUUGUCAGCAGAUGUUUCAACUGUCACAAUCACAAAUAUAAACUUUAUUCUGUAUACCGCACAGGAGCUUGCGAUAGUCGCAUCAUGAAUGGGAUCUGCAAAUGGGAAACGAAACUUAAAUUGGUCCUUAUAUUACAAAAUGCACACGGCACCGCACACAUACGGCGCUUCAAUGUUCCCUAACUUUCAUGCAACUAAUAAAGCCCUCUCCGCAAAUAUGGAAACUAAAAGAAUAUAAUUUUUUUAUAAAUCUUAAGAAAUUCUUAGUUUCACAGUAAAGUAAUACACUGUAAAUUAUUUCUUAUCUUAGUAAAAAGAUCUCAUCACCUUAUUUUUUUUUGUUUUGUCUUUUUAUAAUUAUUUUGAGAAGCAGAUUAGUUGAUUUAAAGACAAUCAAUGUAAAAUAAAACUUAUGGAUGUAUAUAA